GUGUGUGUGUGUGUGUGUGUGUUUUCUAGAAACACCGACAAAACUCUCCGUGUGUACAGAAGCGUCGGGGUCCGGUUGGCAAACCAUACCAAACUGCUACUGGAGUACCAGAGUUAACAGUGAGACUUUGUGUUAAGGAUUUCUAAUUGAACCACCUGGAGCCCACUGAUAUUCUUCCUCAGCUGUUUGUGGAAGUUGUUUGGACAAUGGGGAGGAAGAAGAUCCAGAUCAGCCGCAUUCGGGAUGAGAGGAACCGACAGGUGACUUUCAUGAAGAGAAAGUUUGGUCUGAUGAAGAAGGCCUUUGAGCUGAGUGUUCUGUGUGACUGUGAAAUCGCCCUCAUCAUCUUCAACAGCUCCAACAAGCUGUUUCAGUAUGCCAGCACUGACAGAAGCAGAACCAACUCUGACAUUGUAGAGGCCCUGAACAAGAAGGAGCAUAGAGGCUGCGACAGCCCUGAUGCUGAGGCCUCCUACAUUCUUGCUCCCAGUACUGAGGAGAAAUACAAGAAGAUUAAUGAGGAAUUUGACAAUAUGAUGAAGAGUCAUAAAAUUUCAACAGGCCUUCCACAGCAGAACUUCAUGCAUGUAGCACCAGGUAGCAUGGCCUACAGACCUGGAGUGGGAGGAGGAGGAGUGACUUCCCAGGCAAUAGCUGCAGCGACAGCAGCUCUAGCUGAUAGCGGGAUCCUCUCCACACAUCACGCACACCUCCACAGAAAUAUGAACUCUCCACACAGACCUCACAGUACUGGAAAUACAGGUGGCCUGCAAGGCAGUCCUGAUCUGGCUCUGCAAAAUGGAUCUGGAGCAGUUGUGAAUGGUUUUUUAGGCUCAUCUGUACCUCUUGGGAACACACUGGCCUCUACCAGCUGCAAGACUGAUCUCCAAGUUGUCAUUCCCCAGUCCAAAGGAAUGAUGCAAACACUGAGCAACCAGAGGCUAAGCAGCAGUCACUCCCACCAGCCUCUAUCCACCCCAGUAGUCUCCAUCACCACACCCAGUCUGCCUCACCAGAGUCUGGUCUACUCUGGCAUCGGCUCGGCCUACACUGACAAUUACUCCCAGAACAGUGCGGAGCUGUCGGGCUUCAGCUCUCCUGCAGUCCUGCCUCUGGGGUCCAAUGCAGCAUGGCAGCAACACCGGCUGGGCUCGCUGGGGUCAGGGAGCUCCAAUCUCUCCAUCAACGCUGACAACAUAAACAUUAAAGCCGAGCCGAUCUCCCCAACUCACGACCACCUCAGCCAGUCAGGGUAUAUGACCCAGGCUCAUGCCCCUCCUCAUCUUCAUUGCUCCACUUCCCCAUCUGCCCGAGCAGAGAUGGGCACAUCUCCUGCAGACAGCAUCAGGUCCUCCUGCAGCUCCCAUGAGGGUGGCAGUGACCUGGAGGAUCAGCAGCGGCUGGACUUACACUCUGUCCCUGUGAGUCGGGCAGAGUGCAGGGAGAGUCUGACAGUCAAACGAAUGCGAAUGAACAGCUGGGUGACCGAGAGCCUGCAGCCACAUGAUGACACAACACCAGGGAAAACAUAAGAAGGACACUGUUAUGUAAAGAAUAUGCAUAUUUUAUUGAUGUGUUGUGUUAUUUUUCAUUAUCUCUGCUUUAUUGUCAGUCAGAUUUUUUUAGAAGAUUUAUGUAAAUAGUUUGGAAAUUAUGUGUCUGUCAGAAAUAGCUCAUCAACAUUCAGAAAAUCUUCAGUGGUGCUUAAAAAAUAAUAUGCUCUUCUUUUGAGAUAUUACUCUUUUUAGGCAUCAUAUACUGAUAAUGCGGGUGCAAUUGCAGUACAAGUUAUCAUUUUCUUAUCCAGUGGAAUGCAGUGAAGUACACUGAAGAAUGGGGGGUAGUGAUGUGUGUCUCGGUCUUCUGGCUUUUGAUGGUAAAGCAGUGAAGUGCUUGUGAAUGUCACCCAGUUCAUUUCUGAUCUUCUCAGGGUGUGAAACAUUGAAUGAGUCCAAUGUGAAAGCAAUACUCCCUCCACGUCAUCAUCCCUUGUCAUUAUAGAAACACUUAUUUAUAUCAGUCAAAGCAGUAUGCUGUUUUUACAGUUGUUGUUUGGAUGUGCUUUUACAGUGUGAACAGAACAAGAUGAUAUUUCUUUCAGAUUUGAAGCUGAAAGUCAUGGCUAUUCUGUUGGUUCUACCAAAAUAUGUCUUUAUGUUUUUGUAUGUAGUAUCUAUAAUAUAUAUUACUUUUUGCAGUAACUGUAUAUUGUUAAUCUGUCUAUUGGUGAAACAGGACACCACCGAAUUUUCCAAAAAUUAUAUUUUUAUGGAAGAGUUUUAGUCUUACCAGGCAUUAUUUUUUCAUGAACUGGCUGGCGGAUGCAUCUGU